UUUGACACGAUGGAGAGAUGGAAACGGUGUUGGCACUUCUGAUCGCAGUGUUAAGAGGAGAUUUUCACACUUAAGAGAGAGAAAUGACUCACAGGCUCCUCUUUAACCUUGGGAAGGAUGUGGUGAAUGGAUGAUCAACACAGGACUUCGGUGGCUUCUCUUUAUUCUCCUCAAGUGUCAGGAAAGCUUUAGCGGCACUAACAAGCACCAGAAGUCACAUACAUUUUGCGCUUCACAGCAACUUUUCGUGUUCACAGACUGGGAGAGGAACAGGGAAGCUCUCACAUUGACCAAUGUCAACUACCGCUAUGGGCGACUCUGCCUUAACUGGCUUAGAGGCAGCAGGUGUGGAUGCUGUUAACCCUUUAGGGAGCUCCAAUGGCAGCUUGUCCACGAGCAGUGCCUGGGGCAUCAGUGGCAGCGGUCCGUGGCUGUUGGCGUGCAUGUUAACCCUCAUCAUCCUGAUGACGGCUUGUGGAAACACUCUGCUGAUCACUCUGGUGUUUGCCCAGCGCUCCUUACGCAACACCUCCAACUGUUUCCUGGUGUCUCUCUUCCUGUCGGACCUGAUGGUGGCGCUGGUGGUGAUGCCGCCAGCCAUGCUCAAUGUGCUGUGCGGGGCCUGGGUGUUGUCGCCGGGCUUUUGCCCCGUGUGGCUCUGCUUCGACGUCAUGUGCUGCAGUGCCUCCAUUCUCAACCUGUGUGUGAUCAGCCUGGACCGCUACCUCCUCAUCAUCUCGCCUCUACGUUACAAGCAGAGGAUGACGCUUCCCCGGGCCCUGCUUCUGGUGGGAGGGGCCUGGGGUCUGGCCGCCCUCGCCUCCUUCUUGCCCAUCAAGAUGAACUGGCACAGCUUGGGUCACCGAAGUCACCAUUUCCCAAUGCACUGGGCUGGCAGUGCCAACAUCAGCACAUACCCAGAGCUAAGCUUGCGGUACCCCGCUUCCUACUUCCAGCUGUCACCCGCUGAUGGCCUGUCCUUCCAGUGUUGUCUGCGGGUCACCCUACCCUUUGCCCUGGUGGCAUCCGUCCUCACCUUCUUCCUGCCAUCCAGCGCUAUCUGCUUCACCUACUGUCGGAUUCUCCUGGUGGCACGGAGACAGGCAAGGCGAGUGGCGGCGCUAAGUCACCCUCCGUACCCGCAACAUUCGCCCAGAGGGCCUUCUCAGCCUCCCUCACCAGGUGGGUGCGCCGCGGGACAUGCUCACCAUGACAGAGAAGACUACAAUCAGGAGCGCUCUAUUCCUUAUCUCUUACUGCCCUGUCUGUCCUUCUAUCCUCAGUUGUCAGUGAACAGCGAGCGGCGGCUGGCCCACAGGCAGGGCCGGAGGGCAGUGAAGGCCAGUCUGACCCUGGGAGUCCUGCUGGGCCUCUUCUUCAGCGCCUGGCUACCCUUCUUCAUCACCAACAUGGCCCAGGCGGUAUGCGAGUGUGUUCCCCCGGCACUCUUCGAUGCCAUCACUUGGCUGGGCUACUGUAACAGCACCAUGAACCCCAUUAUCUACCCGCUGUUCAUGCGUGACUUCAAACGGGCCCUGGGGCGACUGCUGCCCUGCUGCUCUACCCGCUCGCCCCACAGACCCUCGCCGGAGCUCUCCCUCUGCAACUCUGGUGAGCCCAACCUGCCCACAGAGCCCCCCUCCCUGGCUUCCGAUCCCCGACAGCCCCCCGCCACCGCCACAGACGCCGUCAACUUGUAUGAUGCAGAGCAUGCUGGGAUUGAGCUGCCCUUGCUGCUGCCUAAUCAGGUGGACACGCUGGACUGA